AUGGCGACCUGCAUGAACUGUUGGGCCGCUCCGGCUGGAGAUGAUACAGAACAAGGAGCGUCUUGCAGAACGGUUCCGUCCUUGAUUGGUCUUGCAGAUGCGGAGGAGCCUAUGUGCACUUUCGAUUGCGAUGUAGACGUCAUGGACAGGGAGCCGAUGAAGGAGAAUCCGGACAUCUUUGGGGGAGAACUGCAUGGGGCGCAGUUUGCCACAGAAUCUCUCAUGGUCCGGCGGGAGCCGCGCGGCCGACUUAGCCGACUGGAGCAAAAUGCCCAACUGGCCUUUGACGACGAGAUCGCACGCGCAGUCCCGUUGGCGCACACCUUGCGUUGGGUUGGAUAUCUUUGGCGACUAAACCCGAAUAAGAUGAGCCAGGACCAGCUGUUGAAGCUAUGGCAGUAUUCCAAGAAAGCAAGCUCUUUCGAUGCAUUUGUGUCUCACGCCUGGUCGACACCGGGAUAUCAGAAGUUGAUUUCUUUGUUGCUCCGAUUCUACUGGCACUAUGCCGUAGUUGCUGCGAUUGCGGCGAGUCUGGUGAUCAUGUUCAUGUAUAGGCUGGACAUCUUGCCCAUGACGUUGUGGUUUGUGUCACAGGAUGCAUUGUUCCCCAGAACCAUUCCCUGUGGGCCGUGGGGGGCCCUGUUCGUGUUUGUGGUCUCGAUCUCUGCCCUACUUUGCGCUCCUCUCCUGCCUUGUCCGGCCUUCGACAUUUUCUACGAUGUUACAUGCAUUCACCAAACGGAUCCGGAGAUGCGCGAACGAGGUAUGUAUGGCAUCGGCGGCUACCUGACUGCUUCCAAAGAGCUGCGCGUUUUGUGGUCGUUGCCCUACUUGACUAGAUUGUGGUGUAUAUUCGAGCUCGCUGGAUUUCGCAGGGCCAACCCGAAAGGCAAGAUCGUCUUCCAGCCGCUGCCGGUUGAGCGUAAUUUCUGCGUACUCUGGAUCUGCAUGUACUUGACCUUCUGCAUAUACCAUUUCAUGAACACCGGCUCAGCCCGGAGAUUGUUCGUCAUCUCAACAUUAAUCGGCAUUUGUGCCUUGAUUCCCAGCAUCCAUGUAACUCGGAGAGGCUUCCAGGAGCAAGAGCGCAGCCUGCAGGACAUGGCAAACUUUGACCUUGAGCUCGUUUCGUGUUCCAGUGGUUUCGACAAGCAGUUUAUUGCCGUGGCGGUGAGCCAGUGGUAUGGAAGCACCCAUGCAUUCACACAAUAUGUUCGCGGGCCUUUGCGGGAUGAGCUGGUGCUAGCGGUCGCUGAGACACAGGCUCCCAUGUCAUACUGCUUGUUGGCAUGUUCGCCGGGUGCCGGACUUCAGGCGGAUAUUCUGGGGGCUCUCUGGCUCGCCGGCGCCCCCGGCGAGAUGAUACUGGCCCACGUGCUAGGACAGGUGCUGUCGUCGUUCUUGCUUAACACGGCCCUAUUGAAAAUCCUGUUCAUCCUCACGAGGCACUAUGCUCGUCCCAGAUUUGCAAGCCGCACCAUGGACUACAUGCAGACUGUUGGUGUAUCGCUUCUCUUCCUCAUGCUCGUUGCUGUUUCGUUCUUGAGAAUUGUCGUGUACUAUACUUUUGGAGUUCCUGGUGCUGUGGCCUUCCUCGUCACCAUGAUCAUAUUCAUCGCCACGUUCUUUCGGGACUUGAAACAGUUAUGGGACCAGCUUCGCAGAGGCGUUUUAGACCGGGGCCUUGAAGGCCAAAGUCCUUAA